AUGUCUGGUUUGGUUAAGAACCAGAUCGUCAAGCAACUCGCCAGGUAUUAAAGUGCUAUAUUGAUCCAACGAAGCUAUAUUUGACGCGGGCCGCGCACGUGAGUUUGUUAACGAGUUGUCCAUUUUAUUUCGCUUUAAUUCUGUCAGGUUCACGAAGAAUCUCUCCCCUAACAAAAUUAGCGUCAAGUUUCUCAAGGGAGAAGGAGAACUUCAUAACCUAGAGCUAGACGAAACAACACUAGCCGAGCUUCUUGAGUUGCCGCCAUGGAUUCGUCUCACGAAAGCGACGUGCAACAGAAUAUCCGCCAAGGUAAAAAGUUUCAGCCUAGCCCUUGUUGUUACUUUUUUUUUUUAAUUUAAAGUAUCUUUCCAGGUGUACUUCUCUCUCUCUCUUUGUGAUAGAGUCUUGAAUAUGUGUGUUGGUGAAUUUCGAAAAGAUCGCAUCUCGACGUAAAUGCAUGUAUAUUUUAUAUUGUAUGACUUCAACGGGGAUUUAUGUUUGAGCUUAAGCUUGUAAGUGCUAAUCAGGAGUGAUUCUACAUAUUGUUGACGAUGGAUAUUCGUGGCAGAUGUGAAAGAGUGUGUUCUUUCGUUUUGUUUACGCAAAGAUGAUGGAUGUUCUUAGCCUAUAGAUUAUGCCAUUUGGCAGAGUACGGUUUUUUUUGCGAGUGAUUAUUACCUUUAUUUUUGUUCACUCAUAUCAUUGGUCUGAGUUGAACGACUCCUUUUGAUGGAAAUAAAUCCAUUUUGAAUGGGCCAAGACCAGCCUUGAAAAUAAUUAUAGUAGAAAAAAAAAAGGGGUCAAUGAUUUUGACAGUUUUCUACUUAUUCAAUUCUUGAAAACUGCAAAAGCCUUUCCCGUCAUUGUCUUGAAAUAGUGUCAACAAAAAAGUAAUCAUUGUAAAUUCAAUUCCUGGACCCUUGAGUUCAACAUUUUUUGUUUCAAUGAUUUGCAUAUAAAUAGUAUUUUAGCUUUUAGGCAAUAGAAAUGAUAUUUGAUAAAAAGGCUACUCUUGAAAGAAAAAUAAUCUUUUUUUGCUGCACUUGUCAGACUUCUUCACAUCUUGAGUGCAAAGUGAAUUUCCUGUUUAGAAAUAUUUGUGAAUUCCAAAUGUUGUUAUAGAGAUAUUCAAGAACUGGCAAUGUUUCAAGAAUAUUCAAAUUCUAAAAAUCCUUUUACUCGAGGUUGAAUGAAAAGAGGCAAUUAAGCAGUCAGCUAUACAGAAGUGCUAAUCAAUCUGUCAGAGAAAUUUAGUUACUGAGGAUAUAAAUUUUAAUCAAGGUGUUAGAAGCUAUGCUAAGGGAGGGUAUGUCACAUAUGCCAAGUACCAUAAUAUGUUUGAGUUUGUCUGGUUAGUGAUGGAAAUGGCAAUGGAAACAUGAAGUUUCACUCACUGUUGGCAUUCUUAACAACAUGUAAAGAACUGUUAGCCCUUCGUAAAAUAACCUUUUUUAUUUGGAUAAGAAAAAUGGUCAUGGGAUAGUGAAAAAUUAGUAUCCUCAGGCAAGCUUUUGCAUUUUUAUGGCAUUUGUGUUGGGGCUAUUUGUAUAACUCAGGAGGAUUUUCUAGAUCAAAAUCUGCUCAGAGCUCUUUCCUAAAACAAGGUGCUUUGUGAAAAAUUAAAUGUAUCUCUUUAAUUCAUAGAUUCAUUGGACUCGACUCAAGACUGACCCAAUAUGUCUGGUAAGCAUGUGUCUCCAGCUUCAUUUUCAUUUUCAGGAAGAUUUUAGGAAGUAUUUCAGUUACCAUAUGUACUUAAGUGGGCCCCCUUUCUAUGAUAUACCUCCUGGCUAAAGCUUUAUGUUCUGAGAAGCUCACUUUCUUUAUUAAGUUCAGUUCCCUUAGUUGAGAUCUCUCGCAAAAUUCUUUGCACAAGGUUAUACCAUUUUGUUCUGAAUCAUUAGGACAGAGUACCAUUUCAUAGACAAUCUUCAUUAAUAGUGUUUGAAAGCCUCUUUUAGUUUCUGUUAUUAAGAUAAUACUGGUAGUUGGGUUUUCAACUGUAGAAAUACUUCUUAUAUACACUAUGUAUGGUAAUGAUCCAAAUAAAAGAAAUAAUUCAUUGUGGCUUAGUGAAUUUUAAAUACUAAGCCCCUUUUCUAGAAAACCUAGAACUUGAUAGCCUCCUUCCUAGCUCAUUAAAUUGUUUUUUUACAUGUACAUGUGUUAGUAGGUAACAGCCCUCUUUUGUUUACAAGUUUGAAUGAAGCUUUGGCCAUUUUACAGCACAGUCAGACAUCAUCAAACCUCACUUAUUUGGAUGAUUUGAUCUAUUAAGAAACAACAAUUAAUAAUUUAAUAGACUUAAAUUGGUUUAAACACUAUUUUGUAAUAAUAAACCCCUUCUACACAAUCAAGAAAAUUCAUAACUGUCACUGAAGUGAGACACUUUGAUUUGUAACAUCAAAAAGCUGCAUCUAGUCACAGUGCUGUGUGAAAUUAAGAUGAAUUUUUGCUAUUUUGCCACUAAGAGAGAUUGGAACAAACAGAGGUUUUUGCAUUUACAUUUCAUAAUUAAAUUUUAUUUCAGAGUAAGCAAUCACAUUUUUUGAUCAUGUAAGUGUACCUUAGUAAUUUGAAAAGGUUAAAUCUCUGAUGAAAACAUUCAUAAGACAUUGCCUCUAGGUAGCAUUCAGAUCUAUUACCAGAAUUAAUUACUAAGGAAAUAACUUUUUUUUUAGUACCUAGAUUCUGUUGAAGUGGAUAUGGAAGCUAUGGAUGGAGAUGUUAACACCCCACCUCCUAGUUCCCCUCAGACACACCCACCCAAUGCACCUCAUCAGCCACCUAUAAAGUAAGUUGGACUUCACAAUCAAAUAAUGAACAAUCAAUCAAUCAAUGUUCAGAUACAUUCAAUGUAUGGAAUCUAUUUAUUUACUUGUUAUCGACUAAAAAUAUCAAUUUGAAACAACUAGAAAUUUAAUAAAGGUUAGUUAACACUUGAACCACUGCAUGUGACUGGCUUCUAAUUUCUUCUUACAGUAGUACCCUUGAAUCAAAUAUGAAGGCCAUGAGAAUAGCAGAAAUGAUAAGAUGCUUGUGAUCAUCAGACAAAUUCUUCUUGUCAGCAUCAUAGGAAAUGUAAGAUAACAGUGUGGAGAAUAUGAAUGCAUAUGUUAAGGUGAAAGGGUUAAAAUGAUCUACUCUGCUCGUACAUUUUGUUUGAUCAAUGAUUUAUGUCUUGGAUAUUUCUUCUUAUUUUUAACAGAGAGAAAGCUCCAAAUAGGUAUGGUUUUGUUGAGAAAGUGGUUGAUGGAAUGUUUGUUCAGAUAAACUCUGUUGUCAUCUCAUUCAAGUUUCAAGCUUUUCUUGCCAAAUUCCAGAUGUCACGUCUUGUUGUCCGAAGCACAACACCCAAGUGGCAGCCUGAUGAUCUGCGCUUGACACGGGUGAAAGAUGAAACUCGAGGAGAGGUGUUGACAUUUAAAGAAAUAACAUGGCAAACACUUAGGAUAGAUGCUAAUGCUUUGUACAAUGUAAGAAAUGUAAAUACAAUUUACGUGUACAGUUAACUUAGAGUUGUUUCAACAAAGAAAACAGUGGAACUAAUUUAGAAACAUUGUGACUUGAUAUACUUGAUUAGGGUCAUGAAGUUGAUGCUUGAGGUGACUUUUGAUGCAAUAUUUUCUCUUCUCCUUUUUUUGACAAGGGAAUAUUACAUGUUUUGGUAGGAGAAUCUAGAAAUUUAUCAGGAGUCUCAUUUAGGCCAUUUUCAUGUACCCUUCAGUGUUACUUGCCCUUUUAACUCUCGGAAGUGAUUAACAUGUAACUUCUGCCCACAAUAUUUAUACAUUAUCCAGCCAACAUGUAUAAAAAAUACUUGUACAUAUCAGGUAAAAGUUUUUAUUUUGAUCUAAAAUUAAAUUCUCAUAAUUAAUUUACUAUGAAUUGUAGCAGCUUUAGGGGAGAAUUAGCAAUUAGAUCUUGGAGUUAAAGGGUUUUAUAAAAGUAAAAGUGAUGAGAAGUGGGGUGUAUAACUGUAGCUUAUUUCAGAAUGGUGUGGAUUGUCCCUAUUUGUUAUUAAAACCAGAGUUUUAUGGCCUCCUGUUUGUAAGUGAGCUGGGUUUGUCAAAUUGAUUUUUGUUUAGAGGCUAUAUUUUUUGCUGGUUUUGCUAUGCUACUGAAUAAUGAACCUUUCUCAUUCCUUGUUUUUAUUCAGGAAACUUUGCAGCAGCAGUCAAAUCCCUUGAGACUUAUUACAAGUCAAUCAUCUCUACACCUAACAAUCAAAAAACGUCUUGAUGACUGUGCAGUGUUGGCUGCAAGGCUGGAGCUUCUUUUGGAUGACAUUCUAUGGGUUCUUACUCAGUCACAGUUACAGGCUUUAUCUGGUCUCUUACACUCUGUUAACCAGGCCAUGUCGCAUUCAAAAGUUAAGAAAGAACCUGGAACAAAUUCAACACAACGUUCAGGCCAGGCUAGUCAGCAACAAACACAUUACACUGGUUCUACAAUUCAUGAACAAAAGUCUGACUUUGAGUCUUUGAAUGCACUGUUUACACGGCAUGAUGUGCGGGAAACAUCUUACCUCUUAAGGACUGGUAGCAUUGACCUGCAUUUGUGUGAUGAUUCAGAAGACAGGGGUGCUGAUGGUGGGGCAAUGCAUUUUAAGAUGAAUAAGUUAUCUGUUGACUACUUUCCAUACCAUUUGGCUGGAACAUCUCGUAAUGACUGGCCAUCUCACAAUGAGGCAUCUUUGACUCGAGCUUAUUGGGUUAAUGACCUUUUGAGUGCUUUUAGGAACUCUCAAAGGAACAAACAACUGUCACCUCAAAAAGCAACACAAAGCCUUCAUCGAGCAAGGAGUGAUGUAAGUAAUUAUAGUUGACUUCAAUUUUAUGUUGCGAUCAUUUUUAUUUUAGAUGUAGAAAUAUUUUCAUAUACUAGGCAAAGGAAGUAAAAAAAACUUGUUUAGAAAUUUUAAACAAAAUGAAAGUUAAACUACAACUUAAGCUAGUUCAUCAUUGUUAUUAAUAUAGUAAUAUAUGCAAAAUAUAAUUUCUAUUACUCUCAAAAUAGGUUUGGUGUAUUAUCAAAUGACUUUAACUGUGAUAUUUUAGGCUAUCGUUAGAGUUACUGUAGGUGGUAAAUAUUUACUCAGGCUUUCCAAUGGAAACGCCCGAGUUGAAAUUCUGGCUUCGUUUUUUUUUUUUUGUUUGGUUGCAAAUCGCAGUCAAGUCCUUAUUACACAUGCAUAACCUUUUGACUCCAAUGCAUAUCUGAAAGCUACACCAAUUUCUAAUUAACAGUGAGGUGUAUUGCUGUUGCAACCUAUUGUAAUAGUAAUAUGGGGUUCAAAAUAUUUGAUUCUCAUGCUAAAGAUUUGUAUGGUAGAGGGCAGCCUCAAGGUACAUGUAUUCUUCUCAAAGUACCGCACUGCAUGUAAACAGAAUGAAGACACUUACUAUAGAUAAUUUUCAUAUGCAAAUGAAAAUUUGCAAUUACUGUAGUUAGUAGACUCUGAAUUUUUCGUUCAUUAUCAACUGCUACAAACUAAAUAGUCAUUUUUCAUUCAAGGGCAAAUGAAAAUAGUGGUUUUGAUUAGAGUGAUUUCAAUAAGCCUGGGUACUGCUGAUGAAUUACAUUAAUGUUAUUAGAUGCUAAAUGCUUCGUGACCUUUUGUUUCUUUACAUCUUCUAGAGUGAUAAUCAUUUGCCCAUGAAAAAAAGAAAUGACUAUUUAGUUUAUAGUAGUGAUAAUGAACAAAAGAAAACAAAAAUUCACAGUACAUCACUAACUAUUGAUUACCCUAUUCAUUCAUGGAAAAUGAAAAAUACUCUAAACACAACAGCUAAUUAGUUAUCAACAGGUUUAGUGAAACCACUCUAACCAAUAAACCAAAAUGUAUUAACUAAAGUAUACUAACCCAGUAUCUCCAAAUGGAAAAAAACAAAUUGGGAGGUAAUAGUACAAAAUAUACUAAAGUAUAUUUCACAUAUUCACGAGAACCACUCCAACAACCCCAUAAAAUUAAUAGUUCAUCUGGUAAUAACCUUUGGUGGUGACUUUUUGUUUUAUUUUGGUAAAUGUCAUCACCCUAGCACUUAGGGCUGUUCAUAAUUAAAAGCUAUCUCAACCUGAAACUUUUGUCAACCAAGAAAAAGGAAAAAGUAAGAAGACAGCCUGUUUGGCAAAAGACUUGCCCUGCUACAACCCUUAACCUGCAAAAUGAAACUUAAUCAAGUCAAUACUCUGAAAAAAAAAAAAUGAAAAUUAUAGUGUCUAGUAAUAAGUAUUGAAAUAGUAGCCAAUUCUAUAUGGCACUACCUCCCCCCACCCCACCCUUGAAAAGGGCCUUCACAUUACAUAACAAAUGCCUUUUUUAGCUCUGUAUUUAUAUGUGACAUACUCUGGCAUACCAAGAGAAAAAAGUUACAGGAUAAACCAAUAAUUGCAUUAAAAAAAAACUUAGGCAAAUGCAAGCACAAAAAACAAAUUUUAUUUCCAACAUAAAGCCUGGGUGAACACAAAUGUGCGUCUAGUUAGGUAACAACUGAUGGUGUGCAGUCACACUUUAUAUGCACAACUUUGUUUGACUAAGAUGUUUGAUGGUUGCUAUCAGAUGAAAACAAACAAUUGAGGAGCAAUUUCUGUAAAUUUUUCCAGGGUUCUGUUGCUGAUGUGAGUGGCAGAGAUGGUUCUUUACAUCCUUCACCACCCAGCACUCCCUCCUCUCCUCAUGUAAAUUCCCGGAGAACACACCCUUCAAGUCCAGGACAUUCUGCAAACACUGGAAAAACAGCGCAUUCUAUCAAAAACAAUUCACAGCGUCCAGUGUUUAUGCUUGAGAGCUGUUUUGUGAUUCGUUGUGAGGAAUUCUUUAUCAUGCCUGUGACUACUAGCAAUGGUUCUAAAGAGGAACUGCCAGCAUUUUUAUCAUCAGACAAAAAAGCAUUAUUUUUACCAUCAGACAUGCCAGCAUUUCAGUUAGACUUUACUCAGUAUUAUUACCCUGGAUCUGUUACAAGUGCAGGUAAUUUGUCAGUUAAAUACCUCAUACUAGCCAAGUUCAAGGUCUGUACUGUAAGUUACUGACCAAGUUCUUUCUGCUUGGAUUUAUGGCCCACACACAAAGUAUGUGCCAUAAAUCAGAGCAGAAAAAAAAACAGGGUUCCUUAACUUAUGGCACUGACAGAGAAAGCGUUAGAUCUUUAUUUUUAUCUCUGUAUUCAAGUAUGGAUAAGAUUUUGAUAAGUGGAUAAGAUAAGCUCUGAUUGUGAGAAAAAAAAAUGUCAAAAAAAUUUUUGGGGAGCAAAUAUGAUUCUCCUUGAAAUCAGCACCAAUCUUAUUUGAUCCCUGGGCUUUGCUUUUGCCCCAUUCCCUCCCACAGACCAUACUUUACUAACACAUCUCCCACUGGGAUAAACAGAAACAGAAAAGCAUGCCACACAGGCUAGCAAAGCUGUAAUGUCAUUGAAAUAGAUGUACAAGUAUGUGUAACACCACAAUACACAAAUUUACCAUUUCAGUGCCUACUCCAAACUUGUUUAUUCAGUUAAACCCUAUUCAGUUGACACUAGACACUGCAACAUGUCUGUGGUUCAGCAGCUUCAUGAGAAGCAUUCUAGGACAAACAGUAAGUGUACAUGUUAGCUGCAAUGCAUUUUAUUGAGUAAAACUGAAACCAAUGUAAUUACAGCAGCCAAUCAGAAGAAAGGAGAAUUUCAGAAGGAGCCAAUAAAGGGAAACUUAAAUAAGUGUAAGGAGCCUGAAGCACAGGAAAAUGGUAGUGACUAGGUUACAAUUUUUCUAGUGUGGCAUCUUACUCAUUUAUAGGGCGCCUAAGCUUCAAGACUUAUCGCAGAAUGUUAUUAAUCAAAACCACUCCACCCUGGAUUACUUUUGACAUUCAGUUGAGAAUUACAUCUUGGAAAAAAAAAAGCCAGUGUCUACUAUUUGUAUAUAUGAUGUUCAAUGUAACAUUGAUUCUUUUGUUUGAAGACAUGGUCCAGGGGUCCACCUGAACAAGCUACAUGUAGUUCACCAUCAGAUCAUAUUGAUAUCAGAAUUGAAGCCCUUAUGCCUAAGGUUGGUCUUGACUUCUCUAAACAGAGUUGUUAACUUUGUUGCAUUCUGAAAAGCAACAACAGUUGCUGUAGCGACAUAAUCAUGACAAUAGUUGUAGUAAUGAUGAUGAUUAUGAUUUUGAAAAUGGUAGUAGAAAUUUGUACAGAGUAAUUUCUUUGUGGCAUUUUUAAAUGCACCUCUACAGUAAUGUGACAUUUUUUUAAAAGAUUACUAGUUGAGGAGCAAAAACAAGAAAAUACAUAGCUGCGUGAUACAUUGCUUAAAGUGUUAAAAUAAUUGAGAGUGUUGUUAAGCAGAAAUGAUAAAAGUCAUUUUUAAAAGAGAUUGAAAGAUUAGCAUUAGAAGUAGUGGAGAAAUCACUAUUGCCUACAAAAUGUGGUCUUCAUUUGUGACACCCUAACAGGAAGACUAAAGGCCCUGUGCUCAAAAUUUUUUAAUCCUUUCAUUCCUAAGGUCUUAGUUAGUAAUUCUCCAUACUGUUUGCCAUAUAGUUUUCAUGAUUUAAGUCUGCAGAAAUUAGUCUUGGAUCAACUAAUAAUCUCCUAAUUGAAAAUUUUCCAUGUUCUCAUCACUUGUUUGCUAGAUUUUGUGUUAAUGUUGUAUGGAGAAAUUCUGUCUUGGUCACUCAUGGAAGUUGAAAGGUUAAGUCACCAUACAGUGACUUAAUCUCCUGAAGUUAUCAAGUUAGCCUGGAUCAUGUGAUGUUAUGGCCUUGCAGAGAUACACUCUUUUUAUUUUACAGCUAGUUAUUCCUUGCCCAAGUGACCCUUGUGCAGCAUACAAAGAUUCUCGGCCUCAGGGUCUCCAAGUUCAAGUAUCUCAGGUGUUUAUCACAAAUUCGAGGAUUGGAAACAAGUCUACCCAGACAGACAUGUUGAUGUUCCUUCAACCUUUCCUGGGCGCAAAAACUUACACAGACUUUCAGAACUUCCCAUCCAUGCCUGCUGAUGUGCAACCUUUGCCUAACUCUUUAUGGAUAAAUGAUUGCAGUUUGCUGUCAAAAGAUGCAAAGAAUGAUAAACAUUUAAAUGGCGUUUGUCAGGAUAUUUCUGGAACUCAUCAGCCCUCACAGGUAUCUUUUCGUUUAUUUGUCAGAACUACUCCAGGAGAUAAGACCUUUCAAGAUUUUCUGAGGUAGAUAUUUUCAACACCUGCCAUUUGAUCUUCUUGAAUACUUUUGUCUGAGGGGAAGGGGUGGAGUAGGGGCACUGAUACUCAUGAUGAAGACUUGACUAUUCUGUGUUAGAGUGUACUUAUAUUUGUGUCGCAUGUAUAAACCCUUCCUCGAUGAUCUUUCUUUCCUCAAGUUUUGACAGGUUUUUUGUACCAAAUCCCGUCCUUCUGUGAUGCUCCUUGGUUCACUAAAAGAUAUGUACCUCGCGCAACAACUGUUUAGAUAAACUUAGAUUGAUCUUUGUGUGAUGCACAUUUUAGUGCAGCUUUAGUUUUAAGUUGUUUCUUUUUUAUCGUACACAGGUUUGGUGCCUUUCAGCAGAGCAAGUGUGGUUUGAUUUCCUUGGCAUUGACGAGAUAAAGAACCGACCGAUUUCACUUAUAGACGCUGUCCCGGUUCAAAUCUGGAUUGCUACUCCUUUACCGUUUCAUGACCACAAUACCACAGUAAUGAAUACGACAGCGGAAGGAAUAGAGAGAACCAGCUGGUUAACCUCACCUACUCACCGGAGAACAGCUUCGGAAAUUCUUUCUCCCAAAAGGAAGGGCUCGGAGCCAGUAAUAACCAUGAAGAGCAGAACAAAUACAGGCACUCUGUUGUCAACGGCCACGAAUGCUUUACACAGUAGUGACCCUAAUAUUAGCUCCAAUCCCUCUGAGGCCCUUGUUAAUACUACACGAGAUGGACCUCCACCCGCUUAUGAGCCUAGAAAUGAACCUCGCAAGCCAUUCCCUGUUGUAAGUGAGCCUCCUCCACCUUACGAAACUCUGACGCAUCAUGAACCUGAUUUGGCUGGGGCGCCCUCAGAGGAAGUGUCUUCGUUAUCUAGGAAAGCUUCUAUAUCUGGGGACACUCCGAACGGCUUAUCAGAAUCAGAGGGAAGUGCUUGUCUGGAGCCGCCUUCAGGAUCACAAGCUGAUUUGAGCUUCCUAAUCCACAUUCCCCAAACUGUUAAAAUACAAUUGGACCACUUUCAAUUUCUCUUCCUUGUGCGCUUGCAGGAGAAGUUGUCAAAGCUACAAGAAGAUUUGGAAAAAGAUCGCUUAAGACGAAACAACGCAGACUCUGAAUUAAAUGAGUCUAAAAACGCCCAACCUUCUCUCUUUUUUUCUAUUCUUACCCGGGGUGUAGACUUAAAUGUCGUACUCCCUCCUGCCGCAGACGGAGAUGGUUCUCGUGAAGGGGGAACGCCGUCUGAAAGCACAAGUCGUAACGCAAGUAGUCUAAGUAGCUAUUUAGACACCGGCGUUGUGUUGGACAGUGGCUGCCAAUCUCCUGACGUCAUUGAUUUUAAAACAUCUUUAAGACCAGAUUCUGAGGAAGCUAUGCGGAAGGAUGGAUCGGUGUGUGUUGAUGGUCGCGAUGCUAAAUCCAGCGAAGAGGUCCCACCGUCACCUCGUGCCAGCUCAGCGCACACUUCAGGCCGAACCAGCGCUGCUUCGGCACCCGACUCCGAUGGCUGGCUGGUGGUUCCAGCUUGCGACAAAUUAGCUUCAGGGAGUGUUAAGAGUAGGGCAGAUAGCGAAGCAAGUAACUUCAGUAGUCAGUUGGGUAGCAGUAUUUCUAAAGGUUCUAGCAGCAAGGACGUUGAAGUCGAGCAUAAAGAUCCACCAAAGAUGGUCUCGGUUUUCUCCAUCGAGGGAGAGGACGUGGAGCUCGGAAUCCAUUUCCAAGGAAAUGACACAGUUGUAAAGAUUUUAUGCCCUGAGCUAAAAUGGGAAGAACUUGGUGUUAUCAAUUUUGAGAAAUAUCUCAACCGAAAGUCGUUUAGAAAGUCUCCUACAAAGACCACUAUCCCUACGGCAUUAGAGGGAACUCCCAUGAUGCGCAUGCGUAUGGAGUUUGGUCCAUGUGCGGAGCGGUACGAGCGGACAGCGGCUGAACGAGGUUUCAUGCACAUCAAAUUGAAUGGUGUUAACGGUUCCCUCCUGGUCAGUACUCUCGGGAAUAUGGCGGAGUGGAUCGAGGACGAAGUCGUGCUUCCACCAAUGCCUUUCCUAGUCGAAGUAAACAACUCGCGCGUGAGCAUCAACAACGAUCUUCCGCCCACGUUGGUGUCAGCACCUGUGCCCAUUCCAGUUGAUUUAACUGUUGAGAACAUUUCCGUCAGCCGAACCCACGACGGCGUCUUACACGUCAGACCGAUGAGCAAUGAAUCAAUCGUUCGCGAGAGUGAACAAGCGUCUGUGUCUAUCACACGAGAGGAAUCGAUAUCUGCCAGUCAGUUGAGCUUAUCAGAUUCAGCCUCAGUUUCUUCUCGUACUGAGAGCCUGGAGAAUGAGAAACAGAGUCUGAUGUCGCAGAUGGCUGUUUCUCGUGCUGCUUUGCAGUCGCUGCAGGAAGAGCGCGAUGCACUAUUAAAAACGAUCGAACGCCUGCAGCAGGAGUUGUCGUUUUCAAACCGCGAACAGGACUUGCUGCAAGAACGAAUGACAAGCUUUCAGAAAGGUGGAAGGAGAGGGUACAGAUAAGAUUGUUACCACUUGAGAAUGGUUGUGUUUCGAAUUGAUGGCGGUAGUUCGCUCUAAAUUGAAGGAAUUGAAAGACUCUUGGAGUUUCAGGAGGUCUUUCUAGGCUCACGAAGCGACUUCUAGGAUCUGGAAGUUGUUGCAUGAUUGAGAAAAAUGAGAAACAGUUCACUGAAAAUAUUUAGUUGGACAAAGACUUUUUGUGUCGUAAUGGAACGAAUUCAGAAUUGACCCAACAUCGGCGUCCAACAAUGUUGACAUUUUAGAAUUGCAAAAAACAGUAGAGCAUAAAUUUUAUUGAAGAAGCUAAAAAAAGCCUAUGGAGCUAAGUUAAAUUCUAAAGGUCUAGAACUAUUUUUUAUAACUAGAGGCGAAAGUGUGAUAAAGAAACAUUAAGUAUCUUAAAGUAUAGGAAAACUCGCUUUUUUUGCUUGCAAUGAUAAUUUGUAGCCACAAUAACAAGUUUGAAUUCAAAGUCUUAAUAACCAAGCUCCGUAAAGUAGAAUUCUCUUUCUUUUCUCCUGUUAGUUCUUAAGUUUGAGAACUUACACAAGGGUACGAUCGUUGAGGUGGAAUGAAUUAUUUGCUUUAUUUUUUUAUUUGAUCAUUUGUU